AUAUUUGUCAAGGACAAUUCAUUUAAACGGAUGAGCUCAGACAAGUCAGCUGGUUGUUUCCACUCGUCGGUGUUUGCGGCAGAGCUUUCGAUUGGCUGGUUGUAUUAUUGUAUGCAAAUCCGGUCGAGGUUGCAGCCAGUAGGUGAAAGGCUCGCGCUGGUGUGGCUCUCCAGACCCGAAGCACGAGGUGAAAUCGCUUUCUGCGGAGCUGUCCACUCCAGGAGGUGCUGAAACCGACACUUGGAAGGAAUGCACAAACUCGGAGGACGAUUUACAGCUUAACCAAAACGGAAUUGGAUUUACUUCGCACCAGUCAACAUUGUUGUUCCAAAAGAAAUUAUUUUAUUUUAAAAACCUCACUCGGAAAUACUUUUCUGGAUGAGUUGUAGUUGGAUAAACAGGAGGGUAAUGAGAGGCUCCAAAAGAUGGUGGGCAGCUGUCCUGCUCUGGGGGGCAGCACUGAUCGCAGAGGCACGUCCCACUAAAGAAGGAUUUACCCUGAUGGCGUAUCGACCUCUUGUCAGAUUCCGUCACAAGCAGGAUGGGAUCUCAGAGAGUUUACGGAUUAAAGGGUUCUUUGGUCAGAAUGGCUAUCCUGGGCCCUGUGAACACAAAUACUGUGGUUUGGGGAAGCACUGUGUGGUUGAUCGAGAAACAGGUGAAGGAGAAUGUCAGUGUCUGGAACAUUGCAAACCACAUUAUAAACCUGUGUGUGGAUCUGAUGGCAAACUCUACCAGAACCACUGUGAGCUUCACAGAGCCUCCUGUAUGACCCAUCAGAGAAUAACCAUAAUGCACAGCGAGGAAUGCUUCUACAAAGCUCAACACAGAGGGCAAGUUUUCAAGGAGCUUUUCAAGGAGCUUUUCAAGGAGCUUUUCAACUCACGAGGUAAAGAUGAGGUCAUGCAUGGCAAAGCUCUGGGAGGCGUGAUUAAACGUUUCAACCCACCCCCGCGGAAUUAUCUGAUCAUCCGCAUGCUGCGUGUGCAGGAUUAG